UUCAACAACUAUUUCUAUAUAUAAACAAACACAAACCAAACAUUCAUACAAAACAUUCAUCAAUCUUUCUCAUACUUUUUCAGACACCAACAAGAAAAAAAAAACAUGACAGAUCAUCAAAAAAUUCAUCCGUUUCAUGAUGUUGAUCUUGAAGCACCACAACAAGAACAACAACAACAACCUUCAGCUCCUUUAGUAACAAGAAACAUGUCAAAAUCCGAUGAUGUUCAACAUCAACCUCUUCCAACACGACAACCUAAUAUUCCUAUGAACCAUCAUCAAAAACCACCUAACAAAAGAAGAGGCUGUUGUUGCAGAUUCUUCUGUUGGCUAUUCAGCGUCCUAUUGAUUCUAAUCAUCGCAAUUGCCAUCGCAAUUGGAAUCCUCUUCCUCAUUUUCCGCCCGAAAAUCCCAAAGUACUCCGUCGACGAACUCCACGUCACGCAGUUCGAUCUCUCAAACAACAACAGCUUAUCAGUCACAUUCAACCUAUCAAUCACCGCAAGAAAUCCAAACAAGAAGAUCGGAAUCGAUUAUCGAGGUGGAAGCCACAUAAGUGCUUGGUACACAGACACAAAACUAUGUGAAGGAUCAUUACCUAAAUUCUACCAAGGUCACAAAAAUGUUACAGUUCUUAGUAUACCUUUGACUGGAGAGACACAGAAUGCAACAGGUUUGAGAGAUUCAUUGCAGCAACGGUUUCAACAAGAGGGUAGUGUUCCUCUUAACUUGAAGGUGAAACAACCUGUGAGGAUUAAGUUUGGAAAGUUGAAGAUUUUUAAGAUUAAUUUCAGGGUUAGGUGUAGGAUUGUGGUGGAUAAUCUUAGUACUAAUAAUUCUAUUAGAAUUAGAAGCAGUAGUUGUAAGUUUAGGUUUAAGCUUUGAAUUCUUUAGUGCAUAUAUUAUAUAUACACAUAUACUAUAUAGUAUAGUAUAGUAUAAUAAUAUGCCUAUUGAUAUUUUAUUUUAUUUUUCUAUUUUUUUCAUUUCUUUUAUAUGGUUUCUUCUUUGAGAUUUCUUAUGUGGUGGAGUUUUUCAUCCAUAAGCAUUUUGAGAUUGGGUUACAAUUUUUGUAAUUUUGAUCAUUCACAUGUUAUAUAUAGCAUGCGUUUAUUAUAUAUUUAAUAAAAAAACUUAUUGAUGAGUUUUUCACUA